UCUAAAAAGUAAGAUCAUGCAAAAGAAUAUAUUCCGCCAUAGAAAUCAAGAAAAACAAGUGGAGGGAGAUUAUGAUUAUUAUUAUUUUUAAUUUUUAUGACGUGCUGGUUUGAAAGCCAGAAACUGGUGGCUUUGAAAGCCAAUUAAACCAGCACACUUUGCCGCAGAUGUAGGGUGUAUAUUUUGUUUGGGUAAAGGAUGAUAAAAUGAGGGAAACGUAAAAAACGCGUUAAUUUUUUUUUUAUCUUUCACCAAAAUACAUAAAAUAAAAUAAAAUACUACGGAGUAUGUAGUAGAAAAAAAGAAAAGAAAAAAAAAAACCACACAUAUAUGAUUUGAUAUAUGUAUGUGUACAUAUAAUUAUAUAUAUCCUAUGAUCUACUGUUAGAGUAGGCAGGGGAAGAGUGAAGGAUAGGCAGUUGUUGGUGUUGAAUUUUGGGCAAUGGAGAAGUUUUUGUUGAAAGACUUCAAUCUUCCGGCAAAAAACCCCUCGGAAGAAGCGCAGAAGAGAUGGAGAUCGGCAGUCUCGAUUGUUAAAAAUAGACGCAGGCGUUUCCGUUCAAUUCCAGAUCUUGAUAAACGAAACGAAGCCAGAGUCAAGGUUGAUGGGAUUAAGGAAAAAAUACGAGUGGCUCUGUAUGUUCAACAGGCGGCACUCAAAUUUAUUGAUGCUGCUGGCCGAUUUGAAUACGACUCGCCGGAGGCUCGAGAAGCAGGGUUAAAAAUUUCCCCAGACGGGCUUGCAUCUGUUGUUCGAACCCAUGACAAAAAGGGCUUGGAAUCUAUCGGAGGAAUUGAAGGACUUGCAGCAAAAGUCAACGUCUCAUUGGAUGAAGGAGUUAAAUCAAGUGACUUACCUGUCAGGCAAAAGAUAUAUGGCUUCAAUAAAUAUACAGAGAAACCUUCUAGAAGCUUUUGGAUGUUUUUGUGGGAUGCAUCUCAGGACUUGACUCUUAUUAUCCUUAUGGUUUGUGCGGUGGUUUCUAUAGGUGUUGGACUUCCCACUGAAGGGUGGCCAAAGGGCAUGUAUGAUGGAGUGGGAAUUAUACUUAGUAUAUUCUUGGUAGUGUCUGUUACAGCAGGCAGUGAUUACAAGCAAUCUUUGCAGUUUAAGGAUUUGGACAAGGAGAAGAAAAAAAUUUUUGUUCAGGUCACUAGAGAUGGAUACAGGCAGAAGAUCUCCAUAUAUGAUUUGGUCGUUGGAGAUGUCGUGCAUUUAAAUAUUGGAGAUCAAGUUCCAGCUGAUGGGAUAUAUAUAUCUGGAUACAGUUUGUUGAUCGACGAGUCAAGCUUGUCAGGCGAGAGUGAACCGGUAAAUGUAUAUAAAGAAAAACCUUUUCUUCUUGCAGGAAGCAAAGUGCAAGAUGGUUCAGGUAAGAUGCUGGUGACUACAGUUGGCAUGAGAACUGAAUGGGGUAAGUUGAUGGAGACUCUAAGUGAGGGUGGAGAAGAUGAGACCCCUCUUCAGGUGAAGCUGAAUGGUGUUGCUACACUUAUUGGUAAGAUCGGAUUGGGUUUUGCUGUGGUUACAUUUGUGGUGUUGGCAGUAAGGUUUCUGGUAGAGAAAGCACUUAAUGGUGAGAUCACACAGUGGUCUUCCAGUGAUGCACUGGAGAUUCUAAAUUACUUUGCUACUGCAGUUACUAUAAUUGUUGUCGCAGUUCCAGAAGGACUACCCCUGGCAGUGACGCUAAGCCUUGCCUUUGCAAUGAAGAAGUUAAUGGACGACAGGGCACUCGUGAGGCAUCUCUCUGCAUGUGAGACAAUGGGUUCUGCUACUUGCAUUUGCACGGAUAAGACAGGGACACUAACAACAAACCACAUGGUAGUUGAAAAGAUUUGGAUACGUGGAAAACCUGAAGAGAUAAAAAGCAAUGAAGGUGGAGGUAUGCUGAGAUCAGAACUAUCAGAAAAGGUUUUAACUAUCCUGUUGCAGGCUAUAUUUCAAAAUACGGGUUCUGAGGUAGUCAAGGAUAAAGAUGGAAAGAAUUCUAUUAUCGGUACACCAACAGAAACAGCAUUGUUAGAGUAUGGCUUGCUUCUGGGUGGUGAUUUUGAUGCUCAGCGCCGUGAGAUUAAAAUACUAAAGAUUGAGCCUUUCAAUUCAGACAAGAAAAGGAUGUCUGUGCUUGUUGCUCUUCCAGAUGGUAGGCAUCGAGCUUUUUGCAAAGGUGCCUCAGAAAUAGUCUUAGGAAUGUGCGACAAGAUUGUUGAUACCAAUGGAGAACCUGUUCUUAUGUCAAAAGAACAGGUAAUAAAUUUAACAGAUAUCAUAAAUGGUUUUGCUUCUGAAGCUCUGAGAACACUCACCUUGGCUUUUAGGGACACUGAUGAAACUUCCAAUGAGAACAUCCCAGAUAGUGGCUAUACAUUGAUAGCCAUUGUUGGAAUUAAGGAUCCGGUUCGCAAAGGUGUCAGGGAUGCUGUUGGAACAUGUGUAGCUGCUGGAAUUACUGUACGUAUGGUCACUGGUGACAACAUUUACACAGCUAAAGCCAUCGCUAAAGAGUGUGGCAUACUCACUGAAGGUGGUUUGGCCAUAGAUGGAGAAGAAUUUCGCAGAAAAAGUCCAGAGGAAAUGAGGGAAAUAAUACCUAAAAUUCAGGUAAUGGCUCGGUCCUCGCCUUUGGACAAGCACACGUUGGUAACCCAGUUGAGGCAUAUGUUUAAAGAGGUUGUUGCGGUUACUGGUGAUGGGACAAAUGAUGCUCCUGCUUUGCAUGAGGCAGACAUAGGACUUGCCAUGGGUAUAGCAGGAACAGAGGUUGCAAAAGAAAGUGCUGAUGUCAUUGUAUUGGAUGACAAUUUUUCAACAAUUAUAAAUGUAGCCAGAUGGGGGCGCGCAGUAUACAUAAACAUUCAGAAGUUUGUGCAGUUCCAGUUAACUGUCAAUGUCGUUGCUCUCAUUCUCAACUUUGUUUCUGCAUGCAUCACUGGAUCCGCUCCCCUUACAGCAGUUCAGUUGCUUUGGGUCAACCUGAUCAUGGACACACUAGGUGCAUUGGCACUGGCUACAGAACCACCCAAGGAUGGACUGAUGAAUAGGCCUCCUAUUGGGAGGGGUGUGAGUUUCAUUACCAAAACCAUGUGGAGAAAUAUCAUAGGCCAGAGUAUUUAUCAACUGGCUGUCCUUGCAGUUCUUACUUUUGAUGGGGAGCAAGUUUUGAGACUUGAAGGUUCAGAUGCUUCGGACAUUCUCAAUACUUUCAUUUUCAAUUCCUUUGUGUUUUGUCAGUUGUUUAAUGAGAUAAACAGCCGUGACAUUGAGAAGAUAAACAUUUUCCGUGGCAUGUUCGACAGCUGGAUAUUCAUUGGCGUAAUGGUUUCAACAUUAGCGUUCCAAGUAAUCAUAAUCGAGUUCUUGGGCACUUUUGCGAGCACUGUGCCACUGAGCUGGCAACUAUGGUUACUCAGCAUUUUAAUCGGAUCGGUGAGCUUGCCCCUUGCAGUCGUUUUGAAGUGCAUUCCUGUUGAAAGAGAGACUGCUAAGCAGCCUAAGCACCAUGACGGUUAUGAGCCUCUACAAAGUGGUCCAGAGAUGGCUUGAAAAUGGAAGGAAAAGGCUUAUAUAUAUAUAUAUAUGCCCAGCUUUAAUAUCAAAUUUAAUAUCUACAAUUCAAGGCACAUUUUGGUUCUUGGAGAGAUAAGAGGCGGACGUCUCUAGUGCCCAAACAUGUUGCAACAGAAAAGUGUAUUCUUCUAACCCGGACCAUGAUGCGAUUUAACUGAUUAGAUGGUAGGUUUUUGAUAAUUUUUGAAGUCAGGUUGGCAUGAAAUUUGAUCAAUCACUGCCCGUAUUUUUCACCCACGUGAAUAGAUGAAAGAUGUUAUCAAGGGUCACACAGAAAGUCCUUCCAUCUAAGUUUCAUAUGGGCGGGCAUUACUUAGUGACCUAAUUGGUAGAGAGGCCAACCCCGUGUUUGAGUCUUCCCCUUGAAAAAAAUUAAAAAAUAAAAAUAAAUAAAAAGUGUUGCAUAUGGGCUACUCUGUGGGACAAAAUGUUUGUUUGCUUUUGCUGCAUCGUUGAACGUUCCAUGCUUUGUGAAUUUUUUUGUCUCCUGUAAUGGAUUGAAAUUUUGGUUGAAGGCUGUUUUCGUUUGUAGUAUAACUAUUUUUCUUGAUGGCUCAAUGUAUCAAUUAAAUAAACCAACGCUUCUGAUACACGAAAAACUUUUUGAACUA